UAUAAAAAAUCAUAGCUGAGGGUCCCUGUUCAAAAAUUUCCCAACGUCUAUAUUUUUUUCUUGUCGCGAGUACAUCCAACGUCUUCCUUCUCGAAUCUCAUCAUGUUCUUCGCCUUUCAUGAGCCAAUGCUGUUGAAAAGACUGUGUUGAGGAGAAGCAUCUUCAUCAGGAACGAAGAAAUGUCUUGUUCGUAUCGAUCGAGACCCCUCAGGGGAUUACCCACUUCACCAUUGGAGAGGGAGCCAUUUUCAGAGAGACUCUCUCGCCCAAAGAAGACCAACGCCAUUCUCGCACACAGAAAGCCCAAGUAUGGUAGUGAGAAUGUGCCCCCAGAGGAUGACAAUGUCAAGCCAAGUCAUAGCAAUGUUGAGGGAGGAUCCCCCUCCCCUGCCAAAAUGGCCUCCAGAUCUAGGCCUCCCAGGCCUCCUCUUCCUCCAAGAGCCACAGGCACUCCCCCUGCAAGAAGGAAAUUAGGUCUCGAGUGCCCAACAGAGUAUAACACUUCUUUUGUUUCUGACAAGGCUGCUUCAGACACUGGAGUCAAGGUAAUAAUCAGGAUUAGACCCAUGAGAGCAGAAGAGAAGGAGGUCACUCAGGUUGUCCACAUGCUCUCUCCGAAUACUAUUACUGUUAUUGACCAACAGUUCAGUUUUGAUGCUGUAGCAGGCAUGGAUUCCACACAGAAAGAAAUUUUUGAGAUGGUCGGGCUGCCACUGGUAGAGAAUUGUAUGGCAGGGUUUAAUAGUUCAAUAUUUGCUUAUGGCCAGACUGGCAGUGGAAAAACAUACAGCAUGUGGGGGCCAACAUGUGAUUCAAGUGGAGACAAAUUCCCAAACAAGGACCGGGGUCUCACUCCUCGUGUAUUUGAGCAGCUUUUUGCUCGAAUCCAAGAGGAAGAGGGUAAGAAUGCUGAUAGGCAACUUCGCUAUCAAUGUCGCUGUUCUUUCCUAGAGAUUUAUAAUGAACAAAUUACAGAUCUCUUGGAGCCAAAUCAAAAGAAUCUCCAGAUAAGGGAAGAUGUGAAGACAGGUGUUUAUGUGGAAAAUUUGACAGAGGAAUAUGUCUCCAGUGUAUCUGAUGUAACACAGAUUGCUCUCCGAGGACUUGCAAACAGGAGAGUUGGUUCAACGAGCAUGAAUGCCGAAAGCUCUCGUUCUCAUAGUGUGUUCACUUGUGUGCUUGAAUCUCGAUGCAAGAGCCUCUCGGAUGGUGUGUGUAGUUUGAGGACAAGUAGAAUUAAUCUUGUAGACCUUGCUGGAUCAGAACGUCAGAAAUUGACAGGUGCUGCUGGAGAGAGGUUAAAGGAAGCAGGAAACAUUAACCGUUCACUUUCACAGCUUGGGAAUUUGAUAAAAAUUCUCGCAGAAGUUUCACAAACAGGAAAGCAAAGACAUAUUCCAUAUCGUGAUUCAAGGUUAACAUUUUUGUUGCAAGAGUCUCUUGGUGGGAAUGCCAAGUUGGCCAUGGUUUGUGCCAUAUCUCCAUCAGGCAGUUGUAGGAGUGAGACAAUGAGUACAUUAAGAUUUGCUCAGCGUGCUAAAGCCAUACAGAACAAGGCUGUUGUGAAUGAAGAAACUGAGAAUGAUGUUAAUUUGUUGCGGGAUCAAAUACGCCAACUAAAGGAUGAGCUUAUGAGAAUGAAAUCAAAAGACAGUAAUCAACCUGCGGGCAAUGGUGGCUACUCAACUGGAUGGAAUGCUCGCAGAAGUUUAAGCCUUCUCAGAAUGAGUCUUGCUCCACUGACACUAUCACAUAUGGAUACGGACAGUGACGAAGAUAUGGAAAUAGAUGAGGAUGCUGUGGAAGGAGUUUCUCUAGAGAAGUCAUCCCAAUCUACAUAUGAUGAUGAAUCUUUGAAGGAUUCAAGAACCUCAAGCAGUAGUGAAAAGGAGGAAAUGCAAGCUGAUUUAAGUGGUCUCCAAAGAGAAAAUAUUGAUGUAAAACCUAAAGCUGAACUCAACACUAGUCAUCAAACUGGGGAUACUUCCCAUCCAAACCGUUUGGUUUCAGAAAUCCAUUUGUGUGCCCCAAUGGAUGAUGAAGUAUGUAAAGAUGACUUUGUGUUUUUUCCAGAUGGAAAAUUAUCACGUGAUGCACAUACUAACAAUGGUAAAAUGAUGACUAAGCAAAUAUGCUCAAAUACAGAUCAAACAGACUCUAUCAGCCAUGACCCAAACACUGAAAACAGUGAUGUUAAUAAGGAGAAGGAAGCUUCAUCUCCCACAUUAAGCAUUGUACCAUGUCCAUCAUCCCCAAUCCUUCUGUCUCCACCUCUAAGUGUCUCACCAAGGGUUCCACAUGUUAGGAAGAGCAUGAAUAAAUCACUCCACAAAUCCACUUUAUCUCCUCCAGAUGUACAUGGAUCUGAUGUUUUGAACUUAUCCUUUGAACAUUCUGUAAGAAAGAGUUCACAUAUUCAGUCUGAUACGAGCCAAACUUCUACACCAGAUCAAUUGGCUGCUAGUCUUCAACGUGGCCUUGAAAAAUUGGACCACCACCACCAAAGUUCAGGUUUAAGAAAAUCUUCCGUAAGAUUUUCAUUCCAACAUUUUAAUAAGAUGCCACAGCAACUGAUUGACAAAGUUGAUAAAGCCAUACAGACUUCUCCAAAGGGGGAAUCCACUUCAGCAACUUCUGUAAUCCUACAUGAUUCUUGUCAGGGACUUGAUAUUGUCAAGCAAACUGUUUUGGAGGAUAGAGGAGACAUACAAGAUAAAUCACAAUGGCAGCUAAUCCCUGUUGAAGAAAAUAGAAGUUCUGCACGACCUAAUCAAGUAACUCAAGCAGUGGAAGGCGUUUUAGCUGGAUCUAUAAGAAGAGAGAUGGCACUAGAAGAAGUCUGCAACAAACAAGCUGCAGAAAUCGAGCAUCUGAAUCGCUUGGUUCACCAAUACAAACAUGAAAGAGAAUGCAAUUCCAUGAUACAGCAGGCUAGAGAGGAGAAAAUAGCUCGCCUUGAAAGCCUUAUUGAUGGUGCUAUCACAACCGAGGACUACCGAAAAGAUGAAUUGGAAUCAUUGGCAUUUGAAUACAAGUUAUUGGAAGAGAAAUAUCAGAACCACCCGGAGGUAACACAAGCAAAACUUGAAGAAAAGCACCUUUUGGAGGAACUUGAGAAGUACCGAAACUUCUAUGAGUUAGGAGAAAGGGAUGCAUUAAUUGAAGAGAUGCAGAAUCUGCGAACACAAUUACAGUACUACUUGGAAUUGAGUACUUCUAGUUCUGCCAAAAAGUUAAGGAUGUCUGUAACAAAAUCUCAGAGACCUGAACUUAUUGAAUCUUCUCCUUCUCAGGCUCUUUGUACCAUCUCUGAGGUGCCUCAUGGAAUCAGUGACACUCUCUCAGAUAAGAAAUGGGAGGAGGAGAAUCGAGAAUGGACAGAAAGGGAGAAUGAAUGGAUCUCUUUGGUUGAUGACUUAAGAGCAGAGCUUAAUUCUGUUACUCGCUUAGCUGAGAAAAGAAAGAAAGAAUUGGAAAGUGAGCAAACAUGUGCUGGAGAGUUGAAAGAAGCAUUGCAAAUGGCUAUGGAGGCACAUGCACGCAUUUUAGACCAGUAUGCAGAAUUGCAAGAAAAGUAUAUGGUUUUACGUGGCAAGCACCGUAAGAUUAGAGAAGGUGUAGCAGAUGCCAAACGAGCUGCUGUAACGGCUGGGAUGAAGGGUACAGAAUUGGCCUUCAUUGAAACUCAAUCAGCAGAAUUAAUGGCUCUGAAGCUCGAUAGAGAACAAGAACAUCAAAUGAUGCAAGAGGAGAUAAACGGAUUGGAAGCCCAAUUGAGUGAUACAGUAGAUGCAGUUCAAGCAGCAGGAGAGUUGGUGGUUCGGCUAAAAGAUGCAGAGGAAGCUGUAUCAAUUGCUGAAGAUGCUCUAUCCCGUCGUGAACAACAUGCAGAGGCUCUGCGUCGGGACAUUGAGAAAUUAAAGCGGAGGCAUGCUACAGAGAUUGCCACGCUGAACCAGCGACUUCUAGAGAGUCGUCUACAAAAAUCAUCUGUAUGCCCAAUGUGCCAAGUUGCAGAGAGGGUAAAAUUUGAGUUUACGGAUGGGGACGAUGCCACUCUUGAGGCAGAUUCUGCCACCAAUGAAGCCCAACAAGAAUCGAAAGGAGAAUCGGAGAAACACUUUCCCCAUGAAUUUGAAGAGCACGACGAGUUUUUACAAAUGGAUAAACCUUCUUGGUUUGGAUACGAUGCAUGCAACAUUUAGAAAUUUUCUUCUUUCCCCUCUUAUAAGCAGGUGUUGUCAAGAUGGAUGAAUUUGUUAUGUAUAUGUUUUAAGGUGUACAAUAGGCAGUUGAGACACUCUAAUCUUACCAUUCAUUACCUUGGAUCUGUCGGUUUUGCAGUGAUAUUUCCUGCAAAUGACUGUAUGUCCAGUAACAACCUUAAUUCAAAAUUCUUUUUUUAGGGUAUCCAACCAGAGUCAGAAUUUCUUUCUAUGUAUACUUAUAAGUAGUACUAGGGGGUUAGGCAUUGAGUCCGUUCAAAUGUAUACUUGUCAGUUCCGGGGUUUAAAGUUUACUCUUAUCAGUACAUUUUACUGCUUUCCAUGUAUAUUUGUCAGUAGCAGGGGGUUUGGAAUUUAUAAAUAGGAAUGCAAUUAAAAGUUCAGACUU